AUGAUGGCUGAGCUCAACCAGGAGCAGACCAAGAACAAUGACGUGAAGGAGAAAAAGGAGAAGGACAAGAAGGAGAAAAAAGAGAAAAAAGAGAAGAAACACAAGAAAGAAGAUGGAACGAAGGAAAAGAAAGAGAAAAAGGACAAGGAUGGCAAGCACAAGGACAAGAAAGAAAAGAAGGAGAAGAAGCACAAGGACAAAGAGCACAAGAAGGACAAGAAGGAGAAAAAAGAGAAGAAGGAAAAGAAAGAAAAGAAAGACACCGAAGUGGGAGACAAACCCGUUGCCAAGAGGAGGUUGCAUGUGGUGAAGCACCUGCAGGCGAAAAAGAAAAGACAAGAGAAGAAUUCUGAGCAGAAGGUCUUGCUGAAGACCGAAGAUGACUACGAGCCUGUCAACCGCUGGUGGGAACGGGAGGAUGGUGCUGAAAGUGGCAAGCGUGGUGCGAAGAAGUGGGACACUUUUGAACAUCACGGGCUUUUGUUUGCGCCAGACUACGAGCCUAUCAACGUGCCGCUGGUCUACGAUGGACAAGAGGUCUAUUUGCCACCUGAAGCUGAAGAGAUUGCGUACUACUGGACAUCAGUGAAAGGCACUCCGUAUGAAGUCAAGGACAUUUUCAUCAAGAAUUUCUGGAAGACUUUUAAGGAAUACCUGCCCAAGAACUCCCCCAUCAAAGACUUCAAAAAGUGUGACUUUACCAAGCUGAGCAACCAUCGUGAAGCAGAGCGCCAGAAGCGCUUGAAUCGCAGCAAGGAAGAGAAGGAAGCAGAGAAAGCAAAGACUGCGAAAGAAACGGAAUGGUACAGUCACGCAAUCGUCAACGGCGUGCGCGAAAAGUUGGGCAACUUCAGGUUGGAACCUCCUCAGCUGUUCCGGGGACGUGGAGAACAUCCCAAGCAAGGACUGCUGAAGAAGAGGACCUUUCCGGAAAGUGUGACCCUCAACAUCGCUGAGACGGCCUGCGUUCCCAAAGUCUGUGGAAUGCCGGGACACGCCUGGAGGGACAUCGUCCACGAGAACACCGUCCAAUGGAUAGCAACCUUUGAGGAUGGAUUGUUACAAGACAGCAAGUACGUUUCCUUCGCUGCCACCAGUGGCCUCAAAGGGCAGCCUGACAUGCUGAAGUAUGACAGGGCCAAGCGACUGGUGAGCAAGAUUGAUCAAAUCCGGGAUUCAUACAGGUCUCUGAUGAAGAGUAAGAAGCCAGCGGACAGACAAAAAGCCACGGCAACCUACUUCAUUGACAAACUAGCCCUGCGAGUAGGUGGUGAGAAAGAUACUGAAGAAGAGGCAGACACUGUGGGAUGCUGCUCACUGCGUGUAGAGCACUUGAAGCUUACAGAGCCUUUGACCAUCCAUCUCGAUUUCCUGGGGAAAGACUCCAUCCGAUACACCAACAGUGUGGAAGUGACCAAGGAGGUCUUCGACAAUGUGCAGGGCUUUAUCAGUGGCAAGGCACCCACUGCGCAAGUCUUUGACAAGAUUGCCCCUGCUGACCUCAAUGAGUACUUCAAGCAAUUCAUGGACGACUUAUCAGCGAAGGUGUUUCGAACCUACAAUGCUUCCUUCACAUUGCAGGCCGAGCUGAACAGGUUCGAAGUGAAGAACCGAUCAUCCUUUUCCCAGGAUCAGCUCUAUCAAUUCUACAACGAUGCCAAUCGCCAGGUCGCAAUUUUGUGUAACCAUCAGAAGGCUGAAUCCAAGGGGCAUGCCCAAUCAAUGGAAAAGAUGAGAAAUGCACAAAAAGAGAUGGAAAGGAACUACAAGGCUCUCAAGAGACACGUGCAGGCUUUGCAGCAAGGCAAACCGAUCCAGGACGCUUCCGCUAAGCUGCCCAAAGAUGCCAAGGCUGCAGAGAAGAAGAUGCACGAGGUCAAAGCUCGCCUGCUGAGGCACAGAACAGCUAUCGAAACCAAGGAGGCGAACAAGACGGUGUCUCUUGGGACAUCCAAAGUCAACUACAUGGAUCCGAGAAUUACUGUGGCGUGGUGCAAGAAGGUGGACCUCGCAAUUGAGAAGGUCUUUCCAAAGACCAUCCGCACCAAGUUUCCUUGGGCCAUGCAUUUUCCAUCUUCAUAUGUCUUUGAAUAG